CUUUAUUCGACAGAGCUCGUGUAUACUGCUGCCCGCUCGUGUACCUUUGUGCAAACUUUGAGGUCGAAGCGCCCACGGCUGGCGGCGGCCCUGCGUAGACUUUUUGCCGACAGGAGUUUGACUCUUCCCGUCUGCCUUUGAAGCAAUUAUUCUAAACAGCAGUCAAGCCUGUACUUUCAUCCUCCAUUCGGGAACACGGAAGGUCUUCAGUCGCCCAUCGAUCUACACUUCGCUGAAGGCUUGUUCAGUCACUUUUAUAGACGGAAUCGCAUGUGAGUUUUCCACUGAUCCGUCGACAAAAAAAUGCAACUAACCGCGGAUCUAAAUGGAGCUGCUUCAUUCAUCCAGGAGAGACACUCCAUCUGCGGCUGUUGCCGAGUCCGGUGAAAAAGAGAAAGCGCAGCUGUCGAACUCUGCGGGCGGCUGCCUGCCCCAGAGCCAACGGACUUAGACAAGAAGAAAAGCCGGAGUCCUGACCAAGAGAGAAACUCACGCGAAACGCGAUUCGCGAAGUUCGUCCCUCGUUCAAUAGAUCACCGGCAUACACCUGGAGAGAGGCAGGAAUGUGGAGAGCGAUACAUUCGGCCUCUCAUCAGAACGGUGGACGAGAUAGUAGCUCUUCUGCCGGUCAUGCAUACAGCGUCGAGCGCUGUUCGUGGACUGCGUGGUUUUCUUGGUGCGGAGACAAACAAAGGAAAAGGACGUCGUCGCCGCCCCUCUCUGGGUUUCUGACACAAUGCAGCGCAUAGUCAGCCAGAAAGUCGAACGUAUGCUGCGAGAAAGUCGCUCGAGCCUCGUUCCCUGCCGCUUCGCGCCAGGUGUAUGUACACCCGAGCCGUGGCUAGCUGGGGACCCCGGCUGGAACGUCGAGGCGCGGGCAUUCAGCAGCAAAAUCCAAUGCCUGGACUCCUGCGUCGGCCGGCCAGCGAGGAGAAGUCUUUUCAGUCGCUCUAGAAAAUCCAGUUGUCUUCCUUCCUCCUUUUUGCGUCUUCGCCUCUCUCCCCGAAGUUCGCUCUUUCCCCGCUUCGCGUCGCUGCACUCUGUCCGCGAGGCUCGCCCCUUCCCUGGGAGUCGUCGCAAGUCGCCGGAUUGUCGCCGUUCUCCUCUCGUUGCCUCAUCUGUUCAAAGCACGAACGAAGGCGAAGAAGCUGCUCGAGAGAAGGACAGAGAUACGCCGGCAGCAGCGGCGUCGCGUCGUCCAGACGAACGCAGCGAGGAUGGUGCAGAGCAGAACGUCGAUGCUCGGUUACAGGCAGAAAAAGAAGUUCUUGAAGAAAUUGCCGCGUCUCGUCGGCUCUGCUGCAAGUGCGUCGAGGCCGGCCAAGCUGGUCUGCGCGUGGACGCCUUCGCUCGCUUGCACAUUGUUGGCUCUUGGCCAGCAGCUGCGCAUCUCCUCAAGAAAAAGGAGCUUUUCGUCGUUCCUCGGAACGCGUCUUUUGCCGAGCAUGUGAAACUCUUGAGGAAACAGAGAGACCGUCCGAGGGUCUCCAAAGACGCGCGCGUUAACGCGGGAGAUUUCGUCUACUUUCCACGAGGAGCAGACUCUUUGCUUCACGCAAAGGAAAUUUCUCGACCCUCCGCCGGCCUCGACCUCAGAGAAAGACUUCUGUUCAAAGACACGGAUUUCUUGGCGGUGGACAAGCCGUUCGGGCUGCCAACGCGCGUCCGACGCUCGCACGACCCUCGCGCGAGCAGCCAGAGAGACACAACAGGUUCCUCUGUCUACUCGCUUCUCCACCAGCUGCGUUUUUCGAUGGAUGAGACUCCAAAGCUCCUGCACAGGCUGGGGAAAGAGGUGACGGGAGUCCUGCUUCUCGGGCGCACGAAGCAGACAGCACAGGUCGCUGUCGACCGCCUUCGAGGCGGAACGUUUGGAGUCCUGACUUUCUUCGCCCUGCUUCACGGUCGCCCGCCAGGUGGCCGCCGAGAAGGAGUUAUUCGCAUCCCUCUCGCAGAAAACGAGGCUGGAGUCAUGGUGCCCACAGCAGUUCAGCGAGGCGGCAGCGUCUCCGUCACUCGAUGGAAACUUCUGAAAGUAGCUUCUCCUCAAACGCGAGACGUCAAAGGAGACGCGGAACAGUCACACGCUUGUGGCUUUUCUCUCGUCGAACUGGAAAUCCGCCAUCAACAGUGCCGACAUCAAGCACGAGCGCACUGUCUCUACGGACUGAGUUGCCCUAUCGUCGGAGAUCGAGUGUACGGUCCGCUGACGUCGCGCUGGCGGCAGUUAGCGUCGACCGGUGCGGCGUCGUUCACGAGCGAAGAUCGCGUUUCAGCGGCAGCGGGAACAGCGAGGCUUUCCGUGAGAAACGAUGCGGGAGACGCCUCCGCGCAUGCAGCGACAGACGAGGAGACGCGGAGUCGGGUCGCGGCAAAAAGCGAAGAGAAACGCCGACUCGCAGAAGCACGAGCGACUUUGGGGGUGACCGCGCCGUCGAUGCUUCACCUGCACUCGCGGGCGAUCUCCUUCGAAACGUUUGCAGGCCGACCGGUACGGAUUCAGGCGCCGCUGCCGCCUCACAUGCGCCAGGCGGCUUCGCGGCUCGGCUGGGAGUUCUUCGUGGAGCAACUCGACGCAAAUCUGUCUCCUCUGACAGCGGAUAUGGACAUCGACGAAGAGACAGACACAGAGGCGACGCGCCACUCGACAGCAGGGCCUCUCCACGCGAGAGGCUGGCGCGCAAGAAAAACGCAGGUGGACAGACGCCGGGGAAACGCCGGACAGGACUCGAGCGUCUGGGAUGCUCUGGGCGCGCCAGACGCGAGACUCCAGACUCGAAGCGGAGAACGUGGAGAGGAAUUCGAAGAGGGGGACACUGAAGAAGAAAGCGAAGAAGACGCGUGGAAAGAAUUGGGAGACAGCGAUGAUGAGUGGUGUUCGCCGGACAGUGAGAGUUCGGUGAGUUCAGAAGGUCGAAGGAUGAAACGGGAGGCGUUCGUCGAGAAACAAGAGAGAAACUGGGUUGCGCGUUUCCUAGAAGAAAGAGCACAAAAGGGAGAAAGAAACUGCAGAGCAGCAGCGCGGCGUCCAGCGCCUCUGCCGCCAGUCGUGACGAAACUGCACAGGUGAACAAGAAACAAUGAAAAACUCAACCAAUCCAAGAUCGCUUUUCUAGAAACCAUUUCUCAGCGUCGACAUAUAUUUAUGUUGUACAUAUGUGCAUUUGAGGGCCUGUUGAUCUCUCAGCGUCGCUCUAGUAAUUCAUAUAUAUAUAUGCAUAUAUGUAUAUCUAUUUAGAUGUACGUAUAUAUAUGCCAGUGUGGACGCGAACUGCAGUGUAUGUACACCUGACUUAGGACAACAGACAAGGUGUUGAGAGGAGGUAACAGGUUUCCGAGUUGACUGGAGUUUUGUUGACGGCACCUCUCGGAUUCGUGCUCUUGUUUGUGUCUGGCGCUCGAGACACUCAAAGAGGCUUUUUUUUAAAAAGUUGAAACUCGCUUUCUCUCUGUAACGAAGUCAAGUCGAGGGGCGCCGAACCCAGGAUCUCCUUUUCAGAAGAAAAGACGCGUUUUCCAGUUCCUCUUUCUGGAGUUUACGCGCUCACGUGUGUCAAGAUCCACGAUCUUUCGCCCCACUCUCGUGGACGCAGGUUCACAACGACGCAAAGCUGAUCCACGAACAAAUGCCGAGCGAAGAGCCUCACUCGAUAAUCACGGACGCGUUUUCCUGCGUACACAUCUCUAUGUAUGCG